AUGUGCAGCCUUCAGCUGAAAACAGACCAAAAGCCCCACACCCUCGCGGCCCGCCAACCCGCAGCCCAUGGCGAUACGCUGCUGGCACCUCCUGGCGACAACGCUGAUCCUCGGCACCAUGGAGGGAAAGGGCGAAACGACAGACCCCCCGGGGGAGCCAUGGCCAACAUCGCGAGGCACCAGACUGGGGGACCCAGCAACAUGGACGACUACGAGUACCCCGUCGACGCCGCCUACUACCCGAUCCACCGCGCUAACAACGACUUGGUGGGGGCCGCCCCCCACAACGACAAUGGAAGCUUCAACAGGAGACCCAAAGCCCUCCAGAGCACCAACGGCAAGCCAACAAGACCUGUGCGACAACCCGAAGCCUACGACGACGACCUCGACAACCCCCACCGGCCCAUCAACUACCCGAUCCACCACAACGACGACUACCAGGGGCACUACAACGACGACUACAACCGCCUCCAGCACUUCGCCAACUACCCGAUCCACCACAUCGACGAGCACCAAUAA